CGUUGGAUGAGGAUGAACGUCGGCGUGUGACAGCGGGGAGGGAGGCGACGCUUCGGGGCCGAGCAGAGCUGAUCGGGAACCGCGUCGGAGCGUCCCGGGACCAAAACACGUCCCACGAUCCGCGAUCAGACAGCGACCGUCCCGGAAACAUGACCUGGAAAUACUCCGGAUAGCAGCCCGAGAUCGCUGAGUGACGGGUUUUUACCAUGACCUCCACCAUGGCGGGGGACCUGUACAGCCCUCCAUCCCCACUGGGAGACUCUCUCCUGGGCAGCCCGCUGUGUGGAGACCUGAUGGAGGAUCUUCGAGUCAUUUCCCAGUCGAUGGGAGACGACACGCUGGGGUUCGAUUUCCCAGAGUACCAGAGCAUCAAUUCAGAGUCCAACAGCUCCAUCGCACUGGACACCUUGACUCCCGCCUCCAGUCCGUCGUCGGGGGUUUGUGGAGCAGCUCCGGACCCAGACAAGAGCUUCAGCCCCCUCAACCUCGAGUGCAAGGUCUGCUCGGAUAAAGCUUCCGGCUUCCACUACGGGGUUCAUGCAUGCGAGGGCUGCAAGGGUUUCUUUCGGAGGACCAUCAGGCUGAAGCUGGAGUAUGACAAGUGUGAACGCAGCUGCAAAAUCCAAAAGAAGAACCGUAACAAGUGCCAGUACUGCAGAUUCCGCAAGUGCCUGUCUGUGGGAAUGUCCCACAAUGCCAUCCGGUUCGGUCGGAUGCCCCAGGCGGCAAAGCUGAAGCUCAAAGAAGAACGCAAGAAAGUGGAGAGAGAUGUGGAAAGCCCCAUGAAGCCCGACCACAAGAUUCUGGUCAGACAGAUCCAGGAAGCCUACAUGAAGAACUUCAGCAUGAACAAGGCGAAAGCACGACUCAUACUCACUGGAAAAACCAGCAAGCCACAGCCUUUAAUCAUUCACGACAUGGAGACGUUCCAGCUGGCCGAGAGGACGUUAGAGGUCCACACGGUUAGCGAUGAGUAUCCGGAGUCCGAGAGCAGCCUUCGAGCCGGACAGGUGAUUCCAAUGGAGGUGUGUGGGGAGCUCCAGCAGACGGAGGCCGAAGCCAGACUCUUCUACUGCUGCCAGAGCACCUCGGUGAAGACGGUAACAGAGCUAACGGAGUUUGCCAAGGCUGUGCCGGGUUUCCAGAACCUGGAUUUGAAUGAUCAGGUGACUCUCUUGAAGUACGGCGUUUACGAAGCCUUCUUCACCCUCCUGGCCUCCUGCAUGAACAAAGAUGGCAUCUUGGUGGCUCGUGGCGGCGGCUUCAUCACCCGCGAGUUUCUCAAGAGCCUCCGGCGGCCAUUUAGCGACAUGAUGGAGCCCAAGUUCCAGUUUGCAACCCGCUUCAACUCUCUGGAGCUGGACGACAGUGACCUGGCCCUCUUUGUGGCUGCUAUUAUCUGCUGUGGAGACCGUCCAGGCCUGGUGGACGUACCUCUGGUGGAUCAGCUGCAAGACAGCAUCGUUCAGGCGCUCCGACUCCACCUGGUGGCCAACCACCCAGACAACACCUUCCUCUUCCCCAGACUGCUGCAGAAGCUGGCUGACCUCCGGGAGCUGGUCACGGAGCAUGCUCAGUUUGUGCAGGAUAUCAAAACGACGGAAGACACGUCGCUGCACCCGCUGCUGCAAGAAAUAUACAGAGACAUGUACUGAAAAGUUAGCAAGCGGACAUAUAUCAUAACUUUAUACCCAAAAGUGGGUAUAUAACAUUAACUGAGACCAUUAUGCUCAUUAAUAUACUGGAUGCAAACUGCUGUGAUCAUGAAAACUCAAUACUACUGGCGCAAAACUAAUAUGUGUAGGGGGAAAGGCAGCUGGAAAACAACCAUAGAUGUGCAGAGAUGUUCUUUAAAACCACCCAAAUGCAUAUAAGUAGGUUGUGCAAAGCUGCAUAGAAGUCAUUCAUGCACUGAAACUCUAAGCUAAUUAUGCCUGUGACCAUUAAUGCCUUUGGAUGUAGUUAAUGCCAUUUUCAUGUCCUUUUAUUGUGCAUUUGUGCCUUAUUGAAAUCAAACAGCUGCAUCAACAACAUAACAGAUCCUCAGCCGUACUUCUUUUGUAAGGAACCGCCUUUUGAAAAUACUGUAAUUCCAUGUAUUUAUACUAAUCCUGUGUCAUACCACACAACAUGCCAGCUCACUUUUUUCAGGAUUUCCAGUGUUCCAGAGUACAGUAUGUUUUGUACAAAUCCUGCCAUUGUGAUUUUAUUCUUUAUUUUUUUCCUUUGGGCCAGUAUUGAAUAUUUUCACAAUAAGCACAAUAAUCUGUUGAACUGGUUUAUGUUGUGUUUUGUAAAUAUAACAAGAAUGUAGUGACCCCGGUGAAAGGGACAUUUGUGUGUCUGCAGACAGCAAAAAAAAAAGAGAAAAAAAGGCCUCAAAAGGAGGAGCUGAUACUUUCUGAGCCUAGAAAUCCAAAUGAGACAGUUUAUAUUUUUUAUCAUGUACAGUAUACUAGAUUUAGUAAAAAUGUCUUUGCUGUUUCAAUGAAAGGAAUUGUUUUUUGUGGUAGCCUGGAAUAAACUAAUAUGUUUAAGUUUUUUAA